GUCGGAGCGCGGCCGGCGGGGGCGCGGCGCACGCGGGGCCAUGUGGGCGGCGGCAGCGGUGGCGGCGCGGGGACUUCGCGGGGCCCGGCUCAGCUCCUGGCUGCCCCACAGCGUCCUGCUCCGAGGGAGUCACUGGCAGAGCUCAUUGUUGGAGUUCAGGACAUCCCUCCCUGUGAGAGCACAACCAAAGAAGAAAAAGAAGGUGGAUGUGAAGAAAGAGCAAGCACAGAAGGAGCGUAUGAAGAAAAAGCUUAAAAAGUUGGAAAAAGCUCCCCCAGAGCUAAUUCCAAUUGAGGAUUUUAUAACACCACUUAAGUACUCAGAGAGCAACAGGGUGCGAAGUCUUCCCGCUCUUUCUCCUGAAGAGACUGAAAGAAGAGUUUUACUUUUGAAGAAGUGGUGUUUGUUUAAGCAGAAACAGGACGAGGCAGAAAAGAAAGCAAUUAAGGCCCUUGUAGAAUCUCAGCAAGAGGCACUGAAGGAACUGCGCCUGGAAUCCGAGGAGCUGUACCAGGCAGCAGUGCGGAGGGACGAGCGGCUUUUCCCCUUCGAGAGGGACGGACCCACUUACACCCCUCCCCUUCCUGGCUAUGAUCCCCCCGAAGGGAAGUGCGUUGACAUCACCAAGGUGUACACACAGUGACAGAGGAGCUCCUGCUUCAGCUGCCAGGAGGUGCUCAGACAACUGAAGGGAGAAAGAUUGCAAUAAGAAUUAACAAUUUUUCCUGCAGGUUACAACACUGCAGGAUGUGACUGUAAAAAAAUAAAUGAAGUAUUUCUGUGUUUUAAUGACUAUCCAGGUAAUAACGCACCUAGCAAAACUACACUACCUUACAUAGUGGCAAAGCCAAUUUUUUUUAUUUUCUUGUAUUGCCAUGUAACUGUUGUAGCUAAGUUUCUUUGGGUUUACCCUAAUACAAACCAGAUCUCUCUCUACAUUUGUUUAGGCCUUUAUUCUUUAGUAGUUCUGAAUACUGCCACAACAUACACCAGCACUUGAGAGCAAUGAGAGCAGUCCCACAAAGGGGCAGUUUUCAGGGUAUGUACAGCCCCCAGGUGAGAAGCUCUUAACCACCAUAAUUCUGAUUCUGUGAACACAAUUCUGAUUCUGUGAAAUGUCUUUUAAACGCCAGUGUUUGGGAUUGUCCUGAGCUGGCAAGGCAGAGCCCCAGCUUGGUUUUUUUUCCCCAUCUGGCAGGCCUAGGGUGGCUACCAUGUUCCAAAAGUGCUCAAUGCCAGCUGGUAAGGCAAGAGGCCCUCAGAGCUAGAGCAUGGGUGCAUUAAUUUAGAAAGUGCCUGCUGAGAUGAAAUUCUGAAGUGUAGGACAGCAGUAAAAGACCACAAAUUAAGUGCCUCAAAUUUCCCUUUAAAAAUACUCUGUGUUUAAAUAAAAUUUCAGUAUUUUUGAGUGAGUGCUAAAGUAUUUCAGGGCAGAGGUACAGUUGUAUAACUUCAAGAUGAUGUGGAAGGAAAAAAAAAAGCCAGCAAAAUUCUGAAUUGUGUAUUAUGUUACUGACCAAACAUAGCAAACAGUCUUGUUAAUUUUAUUUGUCAUGGUCAAGUGGUAGAUACCAGUCAGGUGGUGGGCUCUUCCUGAGCUUCCACACUGGAGCAUAUUUCUGUUUUUCCAUAACUCGAGCUCUUUCACUCUUGCACAAAGCUUCCUGAAAUACAGGAAAAAUAAUAUUACCAUAACAAGUGUUGGAUGUUCCAGUCAUACAGAGCUGAUUUCCUGCUGUGAAUAUUUAAGAUAAAAGAAGAAAUAAAAAUUUAUCAUGCUUAA